CAAAGCGGUCAGUCAACAUCGCGAACACAAGCUGAUAAGUUGUCUGUCAUUCACUUUUACAAGACGACAUUUGAUUGAAGCACAUAUUUCGUUUACGUUGUGCAAAAUACAUAAAUAAGCCUGUUAACAAAGUUAAAUGUGUUACAGCAGUGGUAAUUUUCAUACAAAAAACAAAAUAUUUCUUUCCAUGCUUAAAUAAUCACUCAACGAAAAAAAAAAAUCCUUUGAAAAGUCAAGUGUUAACAAGAAGUAAAAAAAAAUCAGAGAGAUGAUUGAAAAAUGCACACUUUUGCUUUUGACGAUUGCAGUAAUUAGCAAAGGUCAACAACAAGUACCCGCACCAAACCAGCGACAACAAGUAAAUCAAUUGUUUACAUCGUCAAACAACAAACCGAUACAGUCAACUGUACAAGUAGAAAAGCAACGAAUUGAAGAAAAAUCACCGGAUCAGGCAAUCAUAUUUCGUGAUGAAGAUGAUGCGAGCGCUAAAUUUCCACCACAAAAUGUCAAUUUGACUGCACCACAAAAUGCCAACUUAAUUUUACAAAGUGUCGAUCAAAAAUUACCAGCCCCAGCUCCAAAUGCUGAACUCAUACGACCAACGCGGAUCGCGGUCGCUACGACGUCGGCUUUCACCACAAAUCGAUAUACAGACGAUCAAUUAGAUUACAUUCGUGACUUUGCAUGGACAAUGUUCCAGGGAUCAAAAUUACCGUCAGCGAUCGGAAAUCUUGUGCUUUCUCCCAUUCAGCCGCAACUUCAAUUAUCUCUACUAAGAACGGCGGCGGCUGAUCUCACGCAAGAGGAAAUAGCUCAAGCAAUUCGCGAGGUAAAUCCAAGCGUAACCCGAAAUUUGAUUGGUCGCAUGAAAAUCACAAAUAGUCUUUCCACGAACCUGGGCAUCGCUAAUGCAAUGUUUACUAAGAAUAAUCUUAGGUUAAAUCAUUCAUUCAUUCAAUCGGCAUCUGAACGUGAGGUUGAUAUUGUUCCUGUUAACUUUGAAUCAUCCGACGAAACAAAAUAUGUGAUUAACAAUUGGGUAGCCAAUGCCACAAACAAUCGCAUCAAACAGUUUUUCAAGCCAGACGAUGCCAUAAGUAGCGAUACUCAAGCGAUUUUAACUAGUUCAAUCUACUUCAGCGGUGAAUGGAAAUAUGGAUUUAAUGAAGUCAAAUCAGAACCAUUUUAUACAACAGAAAAACUCUCGAAAAAUGUUCAAAUGAUGAAGAAUUUGGUGUCAUUGCGUGCCGGUAGCAUAACAUUACGAAGUGGAUUCUCCGGACAAUGGGUCGAGCUACCUUAUCGUGGCGAUGAAUUUUCAAUGGUUCUCAUUGUACCAACACAAAGAUAUUAUUUGGAUGAAUUCAUUCGAUUGAUGCGAACAAGUGAUUUUAAUGACAUUAUAAAAGAGAUGUCGAGCUCAUACAAGAAACUGGUACAUUUAUCGAUGCCAAAAUUCAGCGUUUCAUCAUCGUUCUCCGUGGUCAAUGUUUUGCUAAAGAUGGGUGUCGUGGAUUUAUUCACACAAAACAGCCGUUUACCAUUUGUUACCGCUACCGGUACGCCAUUGCGUGUGCAAGAUAUUUUACAAAAUGGUUUUCUCAGUGUUGAUGAAAAAGGUACCAUCGCUGCAGUCGCCACCAUUUCACAUGUUGUUACAUUAAGUUUGAAUAGCGCACCGGAAGAAGUAUUUUUCAAUGUGAAUCAGCCAUUUUUGUCAAUCAUAUUCGAUAAACGUAACAAUGUUCCAGUUUUCAUUUCAAAAAUAUUUGAUCCAUAAAAAAUUCACUAUAAUAUAAACAUAUAUGUAUAUUCAA